UGAAUACUUGCAUAAGAAAAAUAGAAGUUUCACAUUUAAAACAAUGUUCUAUUUGAAAUAAAUAAAUAAUUAUAAUCUAUAACAUUUGACCUCUAAUACUCCCUCAGAUCCAUUUUAGUUAUCGUGCUUACUAAAACUAACUGAUCCAAAUUAAAAUAAUUGUCAUUCUAAAAGAUCAAGAAUAUUACCGUAAUUGUUAAUUUUCUUUUAGUUGAAUUUUUUCUCAAGGGACAUGUCGAAGAAAAAUAUGACAAGUAAAAUGAAUGGGAGAGAUCAGAGUAUAUAUUUACAAGAGAGAGAAGUAUUGAAAACACCUCUAAAUUUGGCUCAAAUUAUUAGUUUCGUCUUCGAACUAUUGUUAGUCUUAAAAACACUCCUCUACUUGACUAGCUAAACUUAGAUACACCCCGAUCUUCCACAAGACAUAGCAAGUGUCUCAAAUUUUUAUAGGAGCAUGUGACUCUUAAUAAAAAAAUCCAGAGAAGUGUUAGAAACACUCCUAAACUUGACGAGAAUUUAGAGGUCUGUUUCACUCAUAUUGCGAGAUCGGGCAUGAAUUUAAAUUCAGUUAGUCAAGUAAAUGAAUAUUUUUAAAGCUGCCAAUAAUUCAGAGAUGAAAUUAACAAUUCGCAUCAAGUGCAUGAAUUUUUUCAAAUACUUUUCUGAAUCUACAAUAAGGCAUGGAAAAUUUAAUGCCAAACAAAACCAUAACUUGCCAUGGGCGGAUUCAAUCAUUUAGCUAUGGGUUCAUCUGAACUAAUAUUACUUUCAACGCGUAACACCAAUUUUAUGUAAAAAUCUACUGAAAUCACGACCUGAUAGAGCUUAAAUCCUAAAUACGCCCAUGUUAAUCUUGUGUUAAUUAUAUCUAUAUCCACCAUUCAUUUGGUCAAACUCAUACCACAUUGCAUAUUGUGCAACACUAGUAGUUUCAUCAUGUGCAUGAAGCUAAAAAAACCCCAUGAUUUAAGCCUUACUUUAAGUCCCAACACCAAUAUCUAAACAUAUAUAUAACAACCCUAUCAACUCUUGUUCCAUGCAUAAGUGUUAUUUUUUCUGUCUAAAUAGAAAACAAACAAACAAAAAACAGAAAAAAUAUAUCAACAACAGUCAUAGUAGAGAUGGAUAAGAGAAACUUGUGCUUAAUAGCAGCUCUGCUCCUCUUAUCCAUCUUUUCACAAGUAACCAUUGCUGAUCAACCAGAAGGCAAAGGUAAGGAGGUGAAUGCAGUUGCCCCGGAUCCCGGUUAUGUUGUGUUGGAUCCAUUACCAGGUACGGGGCAAGAACGUGCGUUCUGCACCGUUCAGGGAGUUUGUUACUACAGAACUCUUACCUGUCCAACAGAGUGUCCUCAAAGGAAGCCUAAACAGAACAAGAAGCAGAAGGGAUGCUAUAUUGAUUGCAGCAGCAAGUGUGAAGCAACUUGCAAGUGGAGACUGCCUAGGUGUGAUGGUUAUGGUGCUCUAUGCUACGAUCCAAGAUUUGUGGGUGGUGAUGGGGUGAUGUUCUACUUCCAUGGAGCAAAGGAAACCGACUUUGCCAUUGUUUCAGAUGACAACCUCCACAUUAAUGCACAUCUAAUAGGGACACGACCACAGGGAAGGAAGCGCGACUAUACAUGGGUUCAAACAUUGUCAAUCAUGUUUGACACCCAUACAUUAGUCGUAGGAGCAAGGGAAGUGUCACAUUGGGAUGAUAAGGUUGAUGCUCUUAUUGUACAGUGGAAUGGUGAGACAGUUAAUGUCCCAACAGAUGGAGAUGUAGAAUGGAGUGUUAACACUGCUGAGAGAUCAGUCGUGGUUGAAAGGACAGAUGAUCUUAACAGCGUGAGGGUCACAGUUUCUGGACUGUUGCAAUUAGAUGUGAAGGUAGUCCCCAUUGGAGAAAAAGAAAACAAGGUUCACAACUAUCAGCUACCAGCAGAUGAUGCUUUUGCUCACUUAGAGACACAAUUUAAGUUUUUCAAUCUAUCUAAAGACGUCGAAGGAAUUCUUGGCAAGACUUACCAGCCGGGAUAUGUUAGUCCAGUCAAGAGAGGGGUGCCGAUGCCAAUCAUGGGCGGAGAAGCCAAGUAUCAGACACCAUCACUCCAUUCAGCUAUCUGCAAGAAUUGCAGGUUCCAAAGACCCUCAAGUGUGGCCUCAGCUUGAUAAUCUUGAUAAAGAUAUUAACCAAUAAGUUUAUUGUGUAUUGACUAAAGUAUUGCUAUUUAUCUGAUUGUAUUUGGAUGUGUUACUAAAUAUGUGAAUAAAGGAUGCGAAAAUUACGCAGAAAUUUUCGA